UGGACUUAUUUAAGCAGCGUGAAGAUGAGGACACUCUGGAUUCAGCUGGUUGCCAUCUGUGUUUUUCUACAGAUGCCCGGUUGUUUCCCAGCAUGCCGCAUUGCAGGCUCAGUGGCCCACUGCUCCAUUUCAACCCUCAGCUGGGUUCCUCCUCUGCCUCCCAACAUCACCCACCUUUUCCUAGACAUGAACCGCAUCCGUGAGAUCAACGCCACCUCGCUGGCUGGCCUGAAAGAGCUCCAGGUGCUGGACCUCGGACACCAAUUGGUCCCACUUGUGAUCAGGAACAACGCCUUCAGCAGACAGAAGCGCCUGAGGAGGCUGGUGCUCGACUCCAACUCCCGCCUUCAACUGGAGCCGCAGGCCUUCGCCGGACUCUCCGGUUUGCAGGAWCUCCAGCUGAAUAACUGCCAGCGUAAUGACUCGAUACUGACUGAAAACUACCUAGAGCCACUUACCUCUUUGCAGACUCUGAACCUCUUUGGUAACAAGAUAAACCGGGUUAGACCUUCCAUGUUCUUCAGGAAUUUAACACAUUUGACAAAUUUGAACCUAAAGCUGAACAGCAUUAACCAAAUUUGUGAGCCUGAUCUUGCUGGUUUCAAAGGACUGCACUUUAGGAUCUUUAGCCUGGACUCUGUCUUCCCCAGAGCGAUGCUGAGUUGGAAUUUCGACUGGCAGAAAUGUGGGAAUCCCUUCAACGGGGUAUCAUUUGACACCCUUGACCUGUCUGACAAUGGGUUUGCCCUGGAUAAUUUAAAACUGCUCUUCAAAGCCAUCAAAGGGACAAAGAUAUCCCACCUCAAACUCUCAGGGCAUGUAGGGAGAUCAUUUUCAUUUGAGAACCUCCCAGAUCCAGACCACGGUACGUUUGAAGGCUUGAGGAACAGUUCCAUCCUGUCUAUGGAUUUAUCUAAAAAUUACAUAUUUGCGUUGCAGCCGGGGGUUUUCAGUCCACUCACCGAAGUCGAAACCAUAGACGUUUCCCAAAACAGACUGAACCAGAUACACAAAAAGGCCUUUGAAGGUCUUCAGGGUCAUUUGAAAACACUCAACCUGUCACACAACCUGCUCGGAGAAAUCUAUUCCUAUACGUUUGCCCACCUGACAAAGUUGGAAGUUUUAGAUCUGUCUCACAACCACAUCGGUGUUCUAGGUUCUGCUUCAUUCAUCGAACUCCCCUACCUGAAAUCUUUGAACCUGAGGGACAACUCCUUGCGUCAGUUGGGUUUUCCCGCAUCCCUACUGAGUUUAGAUCAUCUUGAGUUAGACGACAAUAAGCUGACCAUUUCACCGUCGACAGUGAUCAGCCUCAUUCGGCUCGCGGGCAACGUCAAAUCUCUGAGCAUUCAGAACAACCGUCUGAUGAAUCUGGGGGACGUUCAUACGCUCUGGGGUGGGAUGAAGCGCCUGCAGGUGCUUUUAUACAGCGGGAAUACCAUCAAGUGGUGCUUCAUCAACAGGCAGUUUGGGCCAAACAAUGUCAGGUUUCUGGAUCUUCAUAGCAGCUCCCUGGAGUCCAUCUGGGGUCAGAGGAAAUGUCUGAAUCUGUUCGACACAUUCGGAAACGUAACCAGCCUCAACUUGAGCUUUAACGGCUUGAGUUCUUUUCCUCAAGGCGUCUUCAAGGGCCUCACCUCCGUGGAGCAAAUGGACCUCUCAUCUAACUCCCUGACGUAUGUCAAGCCCAACGUUUUACCCCAAAGUCUGAAGUCUCUCAACCUGUCCAARAACUUCAUCGCCGCCCCUGAUCCCGCUGCUUUCAGCUCUCUCAGCUUCUUGGACCUCUCCAUGAACAGAUUCCACUGCGACGAAAACCUGCAGAGCUUCCUGAUGUGGAUGAAACAGACCAAUGUGACAUUCCUGAGUCCUGUACAGGACUUCAAAUGUGAGUUUCCUGCUGAUUCCCACAAUGUGUUACUAUUAAAAUAUUCUGCAGGGAACACAUCAGGUAAAACCACUACAAAAAAUAUAAAAAAUAAAAUUUAGAUUUUACUUUGAAAUACUCCCCAUAAAGCAUUCACACUAGUAGC